ACUCUGGAUAUGAGGAUGUUGCAAAAACGCGAGACGACCCAGUUAAUUUCAGGAACGCGGAAGUUGCGUUGGUUUCAUCCAUCAAAUCAUUUUGGUGGUUUUUCCGUGCUGGUGACUCAAUCAUUUGAGGUCUAAAAAUCAGUAGAAUUUCUGGGAAUCCAGGUGCGAGGACAGAUAAUUCCUUGGGUAGAUCCAAAUGGUAACAGCCUGACAAGCAACUCAGCCAGUAGAAAGCAUGAGUGGAAAGAGCUGGGUAACACGAUGGAAUGACAUCCCCCAGAAGGACGUAGUCAAGCUCGACGACAAACCAUGGUUUCAUGGGAAAAUCACAAGGGAAGAAGCAGAGAAAUUACUUGACCCAUGGAAAACAGGAACAUUCCUGGUGAGAGAGAGUACGCAUUACCCAGGGGACUACACGCUAUGUGUUUGUGAUGAUGCCAGAGUGGAACACUAUCGAGUCAUGAGAAAUCAAAAUAAGAUGACCAUCGAUGAGGAAAUCUUCUUCAACACAUUGCCAGAGUUGGUUGCACAUUAUACCGAGGAUUCUGAUGGCCUUGUGAGUCGUCUCAUCACUCCUAUUGUCAAAAUUGGCUGUGAUGGAUCAGAACAAUUCAAAAAAGCUGGCUGGUGCAUUGAUAGGAGAUUGAUCAAACCAGGCAGAGUCAUUGGAAAGGGCAACUUUGGAGAGGUAAGAAGGGGGGAAUACCUAGGGAAGGAUGUUGCCAUCAAAGUGACACGAGGUGACAAGAUAGAAGCACAGAGCUUUCUUGCUGAAGCAUCUAUUAUGACGCAAUUAAGACAUGGAAACCUGGUCCAGUUAAUUGGCGUAUCACCCGGCGACAGCUUAUGGAUAGUACUGGAAUUUAUGUCCAAGGGGAAUCUACUUGAUUACUUGAGAUCCAGAGGAAGAACAGUUAUCAGACAACUUGACCAAAUCAACUUCUCCAUACACAUAGCUUGUGGAAUGAGGUAUCUUGAAGAAAAGAAAUUUGUCCACCGAGAUCUUGCUGCCAGAAACAUCUUGGUAUCCGAUGAAGACAUUGCCAAAGUCUCAGACUUUGGCUUGGCUCAACAUGACAAAGAUGUUGCUGAAAAAUCCAAGAUUCCUGUCAAAUGGACAGCACCUGAGGCAGUUAGGGAAAAAAAAUAUUCCACUAAGUCAGAUGUGUGGAGUUACGGAAUUCUUCUGUGGGAACUGUACUCAUUUGGUAGAGUACCGUAUCCCCGUGUGCCAGCUGAUAACGUCAUUCUGUUUGUAGAGGAAGGGAACCGUAUGCAACCGCCUGAUGACUGCCCAGAGAACAUCUAUGACGUCAUGGUAAACUGUUGGAAGUUACGGCCAGAAAAACGGCCAAGGUUUGCUGACAUCGAGAAUCGAUUAAAAGAUCUCAGACAACAACUAAUAGACGAACAGAAAAGGAUGGAGACGACAUCCUAAGAGGGUCGAAGGUCAAAUUGUGGAAAUGUUCCCUGAUAUAUCUUUGGAUAUAGCCAAGAUUAUUGUUUAUUUUGGUGAAGUAUUCCUUUCUUCAUUCCUUUUGGUUUUGGAGGCAUGUUUUUCACAGAAAUGGCCAUUUAUCCACCAUGGUAUUGAUAGGCAGUUUGGUGUAUUUUGUUGUCAUCUUUUCUGAACUCCUGAAAAAUAUAACUGUUCAAACGUUCCAAUGGGCUUUAUUCACAAAAUGGCCAUUUAGAUCAUGACCCCUGAAUCCACUUCAUUUAUUGAACUCUCUGAAAUGGGAAGAAGCCUGACUUUUUGGCUACAAUUACAGGUAUAGCCUCUUGUUGAUUUUUCUUGUCAUUAAGAAAAUUAGGGUGACGUGAUGUUUUAAUCCAUAAUUGGAAUUGCCAAUCAUCAGUGCACAAAGAUUGUAAUCUAGAAGUUGCCCCUACCUGCCUCGACCAAAAGCACCCCCUCAUUGGAUUAAAAGAGCCAUGUUGGUCAGUAAUGUUUAUUUUGUUGGUUGGUUCGAGAACCAGCCGAAGUUAACCAAAGGAAUGUUUGUUGCUAAGGAAAUAGCGCCCUCUCUUGGUGCAGCUCGAGGCCCAUAGCAUUAUCCUCAUCCUUCAACAUAUUAAGUAUUAAAACAAUUUAUGCAGGAAUCACCUCAUCUAUCUAUGGCAAGAUGGCUGAUUCAAGAACAAGGCCAAUUCUGUUGUUUCAUCCACUGAAUCUGAGAAAGUGAGAUUUCUUUGACAUGCAGUGGUUGCAAAUUCACAACCAAGUUCAUCCCACGAUUCCACAGUGAACAAAAUGUUCCUGUAUAAAGUUCCAAAUGAAUAAUGUUUUGCAUUGUGUACUCUAAGACAUACUGCGCAAUGAAAGUCGAUUCAAGGUAUGUGUCUCCGAGACAAAAUUUAGCUUACAUAAAGUUGUCUCGCCUCUCUCAGUAUUUUGUAAGAAACUGGUAGUAUAGAUAGUCAUGCUGGAACCACACUGAUCUUACAUGUACAUGUAGGUUGUGCCAACUUGAGUGUAACCAUUUCACUAACCAGAGAGUUCCAGGUACACUCAGAAACUCAAUCAAGGCAUAAAAAGGUUCCCAGUCUUUUUCAAGUAGGCUAUCCAGCGUUCAAGAGAAUUCAGUCUGAUUGGGUAAUUUUUCAGAUUUGAACCAAUUUCACCAAAGGACUGUUUGCAAAGAUCCAUUUCACACUUACAUGGGAUGUGCACUUCUUGUUUGACAGUCAGUACACAAAUCCAACUACUUUGAAUUUUCAGACAGCCAUAGUAUUAUGCUCUUGUUUAGGAAGCAUCUCGUACCGUAAUUGAUGAUGGUCCAUUGCUAAGGAAUAGUGCCGUCCUGCUGAUAUAUGAACAUUCACAUGAAAUGCUAGUGUUCCAGGGGGAAUGGUCCAACAGAAAGCAAAUGCUCCCGAAUUUUUAGAUGCUCUUUAAGGAAGGCCCAGUAAGGCCUAUCUUUAAUAACUCGAGUUCAAACCCUACCUUAAUCCACUAUCAAUCUUUGAGGAAAUUGGCUUUUUUCAGAACAGUUUUCCUGCUGUCCCUAAAACUGAUCUUUGCUUCCUUGUUUCCUAUCAUUCCCAGUUGGCACUUCCCAAAAAAACAGUGCUUAAAUGUGUCAGAGUGCACCAACAUUGCCAGAUCCAAAGUCGACCUGAAUGUAAGGUAAUCUCUAACUUUGUUGCACCAAGGCAGAUUUCUCUCGGUGGAUGCACUAACAGUCCAACUAAAUCUAGGCCUGGAUUUUGUUGCAGUUUGAAAAAUUUCAGUUUCACCUGUUGAAAACUUGAAGGUUUGAUGCAGUUAUUAUCACAUUACGGUACUACCACAGAUAAAAUAAUGACAUCACUCACGCUCGUCUGAAUUUUGUAAGUCUCCUUCCUAUAGCCACUUACUUCCAGGUUUGAUGUAAUCCUGUCCAGUCCAAGAAUCAGGACAGACAGAUUGACUCUAGAUCAACAGGUGGCAAAUGUAUACGUGUGCAGAAUAUGAAAUCCAGUGUCCAAUAGACACAACUUCAAGAUUGUGCAUAUUGUUCAUGGCCUGAAGUGAAAUAGGAAACUUCUCCACAUGUCUGUGCGUCUGCGUGCCUCACCCCAACUUCAACGUGGAAUUUGUAGUACGGUUUGUUCACUCAUGUAUUCUGAACAUGCAGGUUAUAUGCAAGGUACCAGGAGUGCAUUUUACCUUAAUGCAGUUCUGCAAUAUUUUGAGAUUGAUUUUUCCGGAGAGUGUUUCAGUAAACAUGAUUUUUAUUAGAUUUGUAUAUUACAAACAAUGGUGUGUAGCAACUGACAAUGUAAAUGUUUUAUUUUAUAUUCCUUCUUGCAUAUAUAUUGAGACUGAAUUGAAAUCCUGUAAGCCUGCACUGUAUGUUUGUCAUAAUUCCAUCUUUCUUUUCGAGCAGCCUCUCAUUUUACAAAUUGUUCUUUUAAUCCUAUAAAACUUACCACUGUAGAAUCUGAAGCAUAAAAUUAAGGUUGAUUGUAUUUAUAGAUCUUGGUUCAACAUUAAUAGUUUGCUUCUGUUCAGCACGAUAUGAUUCCAAGCUCAGAGCUGUAUAUCUAUACUGCCAUGGAAAUGCUUAAGCUUUCUUAAAUCUUGAGAAAAUAAUUUUUUUACUAAUAAAAGUGGAUUGUUCCUGAUUUGCAAAGUUUACCUUGCAAUUAAUGUCCAAACAGCACACAUUUCAACAUAAAAUCAACAAAAAGCAGGCUCUGAUAAGCUCAAAAAUCAAGAAAUUUUGAAAUGGUUGUGAUGAUAAAGGAAUGUUCUCAUGAAUGUUCUAUGCUGUUUGUGACGUGCAAGAAAAAAAAAGUAUUUUUAUUGUAUUUAUUGUAGUAUCAAGUCCUAAAUUUAGAUCUAAGAGUAAUCUCUUUGAGUGGAAGAGAUAUAUGCAACAAAUUUGUAUAUUUUGCAUUAAAGUAAAACAAAAAGCAACCUUCAGCAGAUGCCUGCGGUGUAGCCAUUUUGAAGUAUUAAUAAGCAACUGUAUAACUUAAUUUGCAUUGACUUCAAUGGUUUGUAUCCCACGGUCUCCUUGUCUUGCUUGUUCCAGCCUAGUAUUGUUUAGAAAUGUCUUUGAUAUGAUUGGCCUGAUGUACACAUUGAUGUGUUUCCUCUCUGAAUAAGGUUCUUGUUAUCAGGAAGUAUCAUGGUUCUAUUUUUGUACUAGUGUUUGUCAGAAUAUAAUUAAGAAUUGAUUGAUAAUGAAGCAGUGUUUUUACUUGCCAAUACUCAGAUUAAUAUUAAUCAAAUUUCUUGAUCAGAAUGUGGUUGAUUUGUGCCUUUUGCUUUUACUUUGUAAAGGUGCAUCUUGUAUACUUUGAAUUGCUCUUUUUUCUUUAACCAAUGCUGAUCUCAACGUGUAUGUCAUCAGUUUGGCAUGAACUGGGCUUUCUUCAGUGCCACUGUGUGGUUAAAAGUAUAUCUGUAUAAAACUGAAUUCCCUCUCCAAAAUCUGUGUCCAUUGUUCAGGUCAUUCACAUACAUAUAAAAUAUGACAUGAAACAUUGCAGGGGAUGAGAAAUUAUGUGUUUGUACAGUGCACAACAUUUUUUCGGAUUUAGAAGCAUUUUUCGGCAGUGUUUGUGAUAAAAAGCAAUUCUUUUGUAUGAUAUACUUCUUUUUUUGGUUACGUGCUUGUACACUACUUUUUAAGAAAAUGGAUUACUGUUGAACAUUGUGUUGUUUGUAUAAUUUUCAAGCUAUAAAUUAAAUGCUUUGUAACUGUGUACAUGUGCUCUGUUUUAAGUGAUUUGUGUAUGCUUUACAUUAUUUAGCAUGGGAAUAAAUCUGAAACAUGAUUCGACACUGAA